AUGUUUUUACCAUUACUGUGCUUUAUUUGUAGACACGAUGAGAUUAAUGAAAAGAUUAAUUUUAAUUUUAAAAAUAGAAAGGCCCAAUAUAUCUUUCCACAUUCAGAUAAAUGGAGACCAAUAAGAAUAAAAUUUAACUACGAUUUUCUUGAUGGAAAACUCCGCUCUCCAACAAGUUGUUACAAAGUAGGUGAAGAAAUUAAGAUUAACAAUAAGCCUUACAAAUGUCAACAAAGUGAUAUUUUAACAAAAGAACAAAUAAAUGCUAUCAAAGUUACAAAUGACAAUGUUAUCAAGUUUGUUCAAAACACCAUAAAAGUACAAAGUCUUCUUGAGCCAAUUAAAGUCAGUUCUCUUCCAUUUUUAGGAGAUUUCCCAGAAAUGGAAUUCGAAGAUACAGAUUUUGCAAUUAUUGCAUCCACAGAAAUUGAAGAAGAUCCUAGUGGUACUAUAGCAGCUGCAGUUGUUCGAGAAUUUCUUUCUGAUUCGUAUCGGCCAUUUAUUGCCGCGACAACUUACAAUCCUGCAUAUGUUCCAUCUGUUCCAUGCAAUAUUACAGAUUUCAAUAAUAUGUACUUUAUUACACUUCUUCAUGAACUGACUCAUGCUCUCGGUUUCAUGAGUGCUUUGUUCAAGCAUUUCCAUCCAAUCAAUUCAUCUACUGAAUAUGGAGAAAAAGCUCUUUGUUCAUUCACUAAAUAUGGAAAACAUUUCUCAUUUUUGGUCACUCCAUAUGCCCAUCUUUUUGCAAAGAAGAGAUUUGGUGUUGAAACAUUUUAUGGUGAUAAUGGUGCUACAUGCCCAUCUGGAUUAGAAUUAGAAGAUUUUGGUGGAUCAGGAACAGCAGGAAGUCAUUUAAAGCGCAGAGUUUAUAAAACAGAAACAAUGGUUGGAUAUAUUUACAUUGACCAUGGAAUUCCUUAUAAUAGAUACACAGAUGCAACAUUAUCAGUUCUGAUGGAUACUGGUUUCUACCAGAUAAACUGGGCAAAUGCUCAACCUCUAGUAUUUGGACACCAAGAAUCAAUUGAUGGAAAACCAAUUGAUGGUUUUGGAGUUGAGCCACCACAGAAAUCAUUCCCAGAAGGUUAUCUUUUAUAUUCUGGAAAUGCUGUUGGAUUUGAUUAUAGAUCAAUUACAAAUAAUUAUAAUUACCUUCUUGAUAGUAAUGUUGACUGCAAUAAUUCACUUUUUCAACAUUACUGUAGCGAAGGAAGAUAUCUUUUCUACAAUCCAAAUAAAGAAUCUUAUAUUGGUGGGGAUCCAGCAUCUGAUUAUCAAAGAUUCCCAAGACCAGAAUUUUACUGUGUAAAUAAUACAGCAAAUCUUCCAGGAUAUCUCGAUGAUUAUGGCCCAUACGAAUAUGGUCAAUUGAAAUUCGAGCACCUUUGUGGAACUUACAAAUGUAAUGACUAUGAAAGUUUCGAAUUUUCAGUAAUCGAUGCUGAAGGAAAAACUGUAUCAAAGACAUGCUCAAAGACAAAUAUUAAAGAAGAAUUCAAUCAUUCAAUUAAAGUUUAUUACAAUAAUACAGAAUAUAUAAUUAAAAAGAUAAAUAGAUGUCCAGAUCCAGAGAGAUUUUGUCGAACAAUGAAAUUGUCUUACAUGAACUUCAACAAAGAUCCAUUUGAUCCAAACACAAAAGUUCUUGAAGGUGAUCCACAAACGCCUCCAGAAUGGACAUUUGAUUACUCAGAUUUAGACAAGGAACUUAAAGCGAAAAAGAAGAAACUUGCAAUUGCUCUUGGAGUUACUUGUGGAAUCAUUGUGAUUGUUGUUGUUUCAAUAGUUCUUUGCUGCUAUUUCAAGAAGAAGAAACCACAGCCAGAUCCACAACAAUCAGAUCGAGUUGAAGAAGACCUCGUAAACAAUCCAUUAACUUUUUAA